AUGGCAGGCCUCGUCGCGAUACCAGACGUCGACAUUCAAUUUGUGUCAGUCUCAGCCGGUGAAACGUUCAAGCUGGGUCCCAUUACUUGUCGUGUGCUGGAAGAUGGUUCGCAUACAGACCAUCGAAUUGGCGUAGCGGAGCUCGUCAUGCCUCCCAAAACUCCAGGACCACCGCCACACUGGCACGAGAUGCACGACGAAACAUUCUACAUCACCAAAGGCACUGUACGCUUCCACGUACCCGAUACCUCUGCCGAAGGUAAGGACAAGAAAGUCGUGGAUGCAACGGUCGGCGAUUACAUGGUCGUGCCCAUUCGUGCGCCGCACACGUUCAGCAAUCCAGGUGAUGAAGAGGCCAGACUUCUCAUCACAGUSACGCCAUCGUUCUAUAUCAACUACUUCAAGUUGCUGUCGCAGCUGGCCAAGCCUGAUCAACCAGUACCGGCGGAGGUCAACAUUCAGGCAAUGGCAAUGUUCGCAACGAUCCUCGCUGACAAGAAACCGCGCAAGCCGGAAUGA